AUGGCCAUUUAUGCGAAAGCUGCCAUUUACCCGCCAUCAAAGCCAGAAAGGGAGAGGAUUGAGGCUCAAAGUGCACCAUUUGAUGCCAAGAAGGCAAGAAAGGCGCUAUGGAGGCUCCACCCCAUCUUCUCUGUCUCUGACAACGCUUUUCAGUUCAUGCAAACUGAUAGGGAGAACCAGUCUAUCUUGAUCACUGGAGAAUCUGGUGCUGGAAAGACUGUUAACACCAAGCGUGUCAUCCAGUACUUUGCAACAAUUGCAGUUGGUGGACCAAAGAAGGACGACUCAAAGGGGUCACUGGAGGAUCAGAUUAUUGCAGCCAAUCCCCUCCUGGAGGCCUAUGGUAACGCCAAAACUAUUAGGAAUGACAACUCUUCUCGUUUUGGUAAAUUCAUCAGAAUCCAUUUCGGCGCAACUCGCAAACUGGCAAGUGCUGAUAUUGAGACAUAUCUGCUGGAGAAAUCAAGAGUGACAUACCAGCUUUCUGAUGAAAGAGGUUAUCACAUCUUCUUCCAGAUGAUGACCGGCCACAUACCUGAGCUGAUUGAUUUGGCACUCAUCUCAACCAACCCCUAUGACUUCCCCAUGUGUAGCAUGGGUCAGAUCACUGUGGCCAGCAUUGAUGACAAAGUUGAGCUGGAAGCCACAGAUAACGCUAUUGAUAUCCUGGGCUUCACUCAUGAGGAGAAAAUGGCCAUCUACAAGUUGACUGGUGCUGUGCUCCACCAUGGUAACAUGAAGUUCAAGCAGAAGCAGCGUGAGGAGCAGGCUGAGCCUGAUGGCACAGAGGAGGCUGACAAGGUCGCUUACUUGCUGGGUCUGAACUCCGCUGACAUGCUCAAGGCUAUAUGCUUUCCCAGAGUGAAGGUCGGAAAUGAGUAUGUCACCAAGGGACAGACUGUACCUCAGGUGAUGAACUCAGUGACAGCCCUGGCCAAGGCUAUCUAUGAGAGGAUGUUCUUGUGGAUGGUCAUUCGUAUUAACGAGAUGUUGGACACUAAACAAGAAAGACAGUUCUACAUUGGUGUCCUGGACAUUGCUGGUUUUGAAAUCUUUGACUUCAACACCUUGGAACAGCUGUGCAUCAACUUCACCAAUGAGAAACUGCAACAGUUUUUCAACCACACCAUGUUUGUCCUGGAGCAAGAGGAGUACAAGAAGGAGGGUAUUAUCUGGGAGUUCAUUGACUUUGGCAUGGACUUGGCUGCCUGCAUUGAGCUAAUUGAAAAGCCCAUGGGCAUCUUCUCCAUCCUUGAAGAGGAGUGCAUGUUCCCCAAGGCCACAGACACAUCCUUCAAGAACAAGCUGUAUGACCAGCAUCUUGGAAAAACCAAAGCAUUUGAGAAGCCUAAGGCCCCCAAGAAAGGCAAGAUUGAGGCCCACUUCUCCCUGGUGCACUACGCUGGUACCGUGGACUACAAUAUCGCUGGCUGGCUGGACAAGAACAAGGAUCCGCUGAAUGACUCCGUCUGUCAGCUGUACCAGAAAUCCCCAGUGAAACUGCUGGCUCUCUGCUUCCCUAUUAUCGUUGAGGAUGCUACCAAGAAGGGAGGCAAGAAGAAGGGUGGUUCUAUGCAGACUGUGUCUUCACAGUUUAGGGAGAACUUGGGGAAGCUGAUGAGUAACUUGAGGAGCACCCAUCCUCACUUUGUGCGCUGCCUGAUUCCCAAUGAGUCAAAGACUCCAGGUCUGAUGGAGAACUUCCUGGUCAUCCACCAGCUCAGGUGUAACGGUGUGCUGGAGGGUAUCAGAAUCUGCAGAAAAGGUUUCCCCAGCCGAAUCCUUUAUGCUGACUUCAAGCAGAGGUAUUAAUGGAUAU